GAUCCUUGAUUUUUUUUUCUCCUCUCCCUCCCUCCUUCAUUCCAUUUAAUGUGAGAUUAUGAAAACGCAGAGGAGUUGAAGGAAGGCAAAAGGAUAUAACGUGGAGUUUGAAGCGAGGAGAGGGUGCUGAUGCUGUGGAUUGCUGGCUUCUUGCUGAAAUCAAAAAUCCAAUUGCGCACUGGGUUGUGAUUGGAAAUCUAAUCAGGUCUUUGGAGAGGGGGGAGAGAGACUAAAAGUUUAUUGUUUUGAUACACGCAAAUAAAAAUUUAAAUGCAAAAGGAAGUUCUCUGCUAACGGAGCUUGGGGGAUAGGGAAAAUCGAAGAAUGGGAACCUCCGUUCUAACGUGGAGACGCACGGAUUGGAUAAUUGAUAGUGCAGCAAAGAAGGGGGAAGAAGAAAACUGCCUGGCAAGACCUGGAUCUUAACAGUCACAACAAAAUUACAUUAAAAGAAUACAGAUGGAAGGUUCCUUAGAAAGAAAUUCAGCCCUUUCUGCUCUCCAGAGAAAAACUAAAUAGUGAGCAAUGGAGAGCAGAGGAGCCAGAGAGGCAGAAAACCUCAGAAAAAAGAAACUAGGCAAAGGAUCCACAGUGGAAUGAAAAGUUUUGGAAAGGAGAAGGACCAUUCGUUCUCUGCAAGGGUUUUGUUUUUUUCCUGUUGUUUUAAACCCCUCUUCUCCAGCAAAGGCAAAGAUCAAUGCUACUGCUACAGAAAUUUUAAACCAGAAAAGUUGAAAACAACAGAGGAAAAAAGGGACAGAGAAGAAGGAAAAAUUGCCAAAGGGGGAGAAUUCAGCAGUGCUGGGUUGGAUUGGCACCUGUAUGGACUGAAAGUGAUUGGAAAUUGCCAUUGGAUAUAUUAUAUUUUUAUUUUCCUUUCUUAUUUUUAAUUUUGGUUUGGUUGCUGAAAUGAAAUAGUUUUCCUAGCCCCUCCCCCACCCGGGUUUUUCAUAACCACUCGGAUUUCCAGCUGGAUAGUCUUUGAGGAUACAGGUGGAUGCUGUAGGGGGGUCCAGGCAACUCUGUGGAACAGUCUCCAGUGGGCUUGUAGGAUGAGAAGGUCCAGGGGUAGUUUGGGAAACAAGGAGAAACAUCACCUCCCCAGACGGUAAAUCUACAGAAAGGCUAUUCAAACUCCAGAAGGACCAAUACCAAAUAAAUUAUGAAUGUUGAACAAGAUGACCUUACAUCCACAGCAGAUAAUGAUAGGUCCUAGGUUUAACAGGGCCCUAUUUGACCCCCUGCUUGUGGUGCUGCUGGCUCUUCAGCUUCUUGUGGUGGCUGGUCUAGUGAGGGCUCAAACUUGUCCUUCAGUCUGCUCCUGCAGCAACCAGUUCAGUAAAGUGAUUUGUGUUCGGAAAAAUCUGAGAGACGUGCCAGACGGCAUCUCCACCAACACCCGGUUACUCAAUCUCCAUGAGAACCAGAUCCAAAUCAUUAAAGUGAAUAGCUUCAAACAUCUGAGGCACCUAGAAAUCCUGCAGCUCAGUAGGAAUCACAUCAGAACAAUUGAAAUAGGGGCUUUCAAUGGUCUGGCCAAUCUCAAUACUUUAGAACUCUUUGACAAUCGUCUGACCACUAUCCCAAAUGGGGCUUUUGUAUACCUGUCAAAACUGAAGGAACUGUGGUUGAGAAACAACCCCAUUGAAAGUAUCCCUUCCUAUGCUUUUAACAGAAUCCCUUCUCUCCGGAGAUUGGAUUUGGGGGAAUUGAAAAGGCUUUCGUAUAUCUCAGAAGGUGCCUUUGAAGGUCUGUCCAAUUUGAGGUAUUUGAACCUUGCCAUGUGCAACCUUCGAGAGAUUCCUAACCUCACGCCACUUGUGAAACUAGAUGAGUUAGAUCUUUCUGGGAAUCACCUGACUGCCAUCCGGCCAGGUUCCUUCCAAGGGUUAAUGCAUCUUCAAAAAUUGUGGAUGAUACAGUCUCAGAUUCAAGUGAUAGAAAGGAAUGCUUUCGAUAACCUUCAGUCACUUGUGGAGAUCAAUUUGGCACACAACAAUCUAACGCUACUGCCUCAUGACCUGUUCACACCACUCCGUCUAGAAAGGAUACACUUGCACCACAAUCCUUGGAACUGCAACUGUGAUAUCCUUUGGCUCAGCUGGUGGAUUAAAGACAAGGCACCCUCCAAUACUGCAUGCUGUGCCCGUUGCCACACACCUCCCAGUUUGAAAGGAAGGUACAUUGGUGAGCUGGACCUGAAUUACUUCACAUGUUAUGCUCCAGUCAUAGUGGAGCCACCAGCGGACCUCAACGUCACAGAAGGCAUGGCUGCAGAGAUGAAAUGCCGAGCAUCAACCUCGCUGACCUCUGUAUCUUGGAUUACUCCAAAUGGAUCUGUAAUGACGCAUGGGGCAUACAGAGUUCGGAUUGCUGUGCUCAGUGAUGGCACAUUAAAUUUUACAAAGGUAACGGUGCAAGACACGGGUUUGUAUACAUGCAUGGUGAGUAACUCUGUUGGGAAUACCACAGCUUCUGCCACACUGAAUGUGACUGCCCUGGAUAACCCUGGUUACACGUACUUUUCAACCGUCACAGUAGAGACUGUGGAACCUUCUCAGGAUGAGGCACAGACCACAGAGCAGGUUGGGCCCACACCAGUUACCAACUGGGAGACCACUAACAUGACAACCUCACUCACUCCACAGAGCACAAGAUCAACAGAAAAAACAUUCACCAUCCCUGUGACGGACGCAAACAACGGGAUCCCAGGAAUAGAUGAGGUGAUGAAGACUACCAAAAUCAUAAUUGGUUGUUUUGUGGCUAUCACGCUCAUGGCUGCUGUGAUGCUGGUAAUUUUCUACAAAAUGAGGAAACAGCAUCACCGGCAGAACCAUCAUGCUCCAACACGGACUGUAGAGAUCAUUAACGUGGAUGACGAGCUUACAGGUGACACACCCAUAGAGAGUCACUUGCCCAUGCCAGCAAUAGAGCAUGAGCACCUAAAUCACUAUAACUCUUAUAAGUCUCCUUUCAACCACACAACAACAGUUAACACAAUAAAUUCAAUACACAGUUCAGUGCAUGAACCGUUAUUGAUCCGAAUGAACUCAAAAGACAAUGUACAAGAGACUCAAAUCUAA